GCUGUCUGCCGCCACCGACACUCCCCGAUUCCCACGGUGUGAUGCCACAGACGCGUCCCGCACCGCUCUCAAACCACUUCACCUACCUCCAUUGCGUCGCAUCUGCAUGCAAUGUCGACUCACUCAGUGCACAAUGCUGCUCUAAACAGGCAGACUGGACUGCUUCGGUCUCUCGUCUCCCAGGAUCCUUCUCUUGCAAACUCUCCAGACGUGGACGGCCGUAUGCCGCUACACUGGGCAGCCUCUUCUGGGGCUUUCGACAUCGUCCAGUAUUUGCUGGAUCAGAAAGCAGAUGUCGAUCGCGCGGACAAUAGCGGCUGGACGCCACUGCAUAUCGCUGCGCAGGGCAUGAACAGGUUGUACGCGAGCUCCUCGGCGCCGGAGCGAACGUCAAUCGAAAGAACGACAAGGGCAUCACACCAUUCUUCCAAGUCUCGAGUCGACAUAGGCAGACUGCUCAUCUCCAGAGGGGCUGACAUCAACGCGCGGGACAAUGCAAACCAGCUACCACUCCACCGUGCUGCCACCACAGGGUCGACUGGGUUCAUUAGUCUUUUGCUCAAGCCUCUCGAAGGGUCCCCCAAACCCCGGUUAAACACCGCUGACCGUGUGGGUAACACGCCUCUUCACCUGGCCAUGGAGUCAGCGCAUGCGGAAGCGGCAUGUCUACUCAUUGAGGCCGGGGCGGACCGCACCCGCGAAAACCUUGAUGGCGAAAUGCCGGAAGAUCUUGAAGGCGUUGGCGGACAGGAACAGAGACGGGCGAAGGCCUAUGUCGUUGAGCGGUGUGGGAAGCGAUCUUGAAGCGAUCAGGACGUCAAAGACUCGUAGGGAUUUCUUAUACACAACAUCAUGCAGGAACGCAAUCUCCAUAUCGCGGUGCUAUCCGUCGGCGGUUUUGCAGGUCUGAUUGUGUCUUGACUGGAAGCCCAGACGGAGAGCAUGCAGAGCGCCAUCUGGCCUUUCUGAGAGCAGCUGUUUGC